UAGAUUACACGCGCCGUCCUUCCAUCCAUUGCGAGCACCUGAUCGUCAGCUCCAUCCUUAACGUCCCAAUCAAGCAGCAUGGGUGACGCGGAGGUUGAGGACGCGGGUGCAGCAGCGCCGGAAUUGAAAACCGCGGGGAGCGCAGAGAUGGUAUUCCAGCACGUGUGUGUUGACGCCAACGGGAAGAGGAUCCUGUGGGACGUCUCGGGGAAGGCUCUGCCUGGACAGAUGUUGGCCCUCAUGGGUCCCAGCGGCUCUGGUAAGACAACUCUCCUAAAUGCUCUGUCGGGGCGGAUGUCCCUGGCCAGUGGGAGAGUGGAGAUAAAUUCGGUUCCCCUGAGCAAG